AAACACCCUAGCACACGAGGCCUCAAGUAACACUGGCGUAAUACUCGUUUUGUUUGAGAUCUUUGGGACCUCUCUCCUUCGUCUUCCUCCUAGGAAAAAGAACGGGGGAAAAAAAGAAAAAAAAUCUCAUCUUUAAGAUUUUCAGCAAUGGGGAUCCGAUUCGUGCUGCUGGUGAACAAACAGGGACAGACGCGGCUUGCUCAGUACUACGAGUACCUAACCCUAGAAGAGCGCAGAGCCCUCGAGGGCGAGAUCGUCCGCAAGUGCCUCGCUCGCAACGAUCAACAGUGUUCAUUUGUUGAGCAUCGGAAUUACAAAGUUGUGUAUAGGCGUUAUGCCUCUCUCUUUUUCUUGGUGGGAGUUGACAAUGAUGAGAAUGAAUUAGCUAUAUUGGAAUUCAUACAUCUAUUGGUCGAAACCAUGGACCGCCAUUUUGGUAAUGUGUGUGAACUUGAUAUCAUGUUCCACCUUGAGAAGGCCCACUUCAUGCUGGAAGAAAUGGUUAUGAAUGGAUGCAUUGUUGAGACUAGCAAGACCAACAUUUUGUCACCAAUCCAGCUCAUGGACAAAGCUUCAUAGCUCAUCAGCAGUUAAUGUCAAACCCAUCAGUUCCUUGCUGUUUGGUUUUGUAGCAUUUGCUAAUUACUGUGUUUGCUUUAGUUUGUGAAGAGAUUUUCUCUGAUGAAACCACCAUAUACUCUGUUAUCAAUCCUGGAUUGUAUUUUCAGUUUUAAUAUAUCGCAAGAAAACUGCUGAAGUUUCACCA